CUACCACCCACCGAUAACAAGAGAUUCUACUCGCGUCCCGUUCAUCGAAAAUACAUUCUACGUGUGUGCGCCACCGUCCAGUGACUACGUUGUGUGAAUGAUCUGAGCGUAAAACGGUAUCAUCGUCGUCGUAACACUCGUAACCCGUGUUGGUCGUCGCGUGUAAUAAUAAUAAUAAUAAUAAUAAUAACAAUAUUAAUACUAAUAAUUAUUAUUAUUAUUUGUAAAAUAUUUGUUAUUAUUAAAUACCUACAAGUUACAAGCCUAAUAACAUUUCAGUGUAUGACGAAUGACGAUUAUGUCGGUACCGAGCAUGUUUUAUUAGGUGAUCGAGAGAUACCUCUACGCGGUGCAGUAUAAUAUUAUCGUUCGUUUUGUUUUCGCGUUUCGUUCUACUCAUUUCCCCGCUCCAACGCUAUAAUAAUAUUAUUGUAUAAUGCCGUCCGUUUUGCAAACGCCGCGCAUUUGAUAUUCAGCAUAUUAUUAUUAGCACCGUUGUCGUCUACGCCACCGCAGAAUACGCGUGCUAGACCGUCGAAUUGAAUAAAACGUAAAUUAAAUAUAUAAAUACCAGAACGAAAUCGCACUUCCGCACUGAAGCCAUGGCCGAGGCCGUCGUUUUCGACUUGGAAUUGCAAAAUAACGAGACUCAACCCGCCAACGGGCCAAAGAACAACAGCGAUUCUGACGACGAAGUGCUCGAAAUCGAAGAGGCAUGUUAUGCUCAAGAACCAAACAUUUAUGAAUAUGAUGAAAAAUCCAGUGAUGUAGAGACAUUAAAGUUAUCAGAUAGAACUGUCAACUCUACCAAAGAAAAGUUAACUCCAGAUUGUUUCGAAAUAUUGAAAGUUUUAGGAAAAGGAGGUUAUGGAAAAGUAUUUCAGGUUCGAAAGAAGACUGGUAAUGAUACAAAUCAAGUUUUUGCCAUGAAAGUCUUACGUAAGGCCACAAUUGUCAGAAAUUCCAAGGAUAUGGCUCAUACCAAAGCAGAACGCAAUAUACUCGAAGCUGUUAAGCAUCCAUUUAUAGUCAAUUUGUUCUAUGCAUUUCAAACAAAUGGAAAACUUUAUCUUAUUUUGGAAUAUUUAAGUGGUGGAGAACUUUUCAUGCAUUUAGAACGAGAAGGAAUAUUCUUAGAAGACACAGCCUGCUUUUAUCUGGCAGAAAUUAUUAUUGCAAUACAGCAUUUACACAGUCAAGGCAUAGUUUACAGAGAUUUAAAACCAGAAAAUGUAUUAUUAGACCAAGACGGUCAUUUAAAACUGACUGAUUUUGGUUUAUGUAAAGAACAUGUUCAUGGAGUUAGUGUUACUCAUACAUUUUGCGGUACAAUUGAAUACAUGGCACCAGAAAUUUUGACUAGGAGUGGUCAUGGAAAACCAGUUGAUUGGUGGUCACUUGGAGCUCUUAUGUUUGACAUGUUAACAGGAACACCACCUUUUAGUGCUGAUAAUAGAAAAAAAACUAUUGAAAAAAUACUUAGAGGGAAACUUAUAAUGCCACCCUAUGUAUCUCCUGAAGCUAAAGAUCUUAUGAGAAAAUUACUUAAAAGACAAGUUAGCCAUAGACUAGGUUCUGGUGUAAAUCAAGGAGAAGACAUACGAAAUCAUCGUUUCUUCCAAAAAAUUGUCUGGAAAGAUAUAAUAAACCGUACUUGUGAAGCUCCAUAUAAACCCAAAUUAAAUGGUGCAGACGACACAACACAAUUUGACUCAAGAUUUACCGAUCAGCUUCCUGUUGAUUCACCUGUUGAAGAUUCAUUAAUGCCACAAGAUAAUGAUGAAUUUAAAUUUGAUGGUUUUACAUAUAUAGCUCCAUCGUUAUUAGACACUCUUGGUACAAGUCAAGACCAAGCAAUAUGUACAAAUCAACAUUAUAAAACAAAAGAAAUAGAAAAGCCGAUGGAAGACGAGGAUAGUUUCCAUAAGAAUGUGAUGCCAAAAAAACAAAAACUCGAAACUAGAAUACAAAAAUCAGCACCCACGCCUAUGGUUCAAACUGUAUUAUGUGACUCUAGAAGAUCCACUGAUCAAUUUCAAAGAGGGCAUGUUCCACGGAAUCUUAACCCAUUCAGUGAUUUUGAACCAAUUGCAUCAACGUGUGCUCAGCUAUCUGCUACCCGAAUUGAUGAAGAAAUGGAAACCGAUAAGUCAUCUCCAUCAUUGUAUCCAAAUGUAGCAAGAUCCAAUCCCGUACCAGUUUAUCAACCCCGAAUUGUGCAAGCUGGCACCACAAAUCCUAGAGAAAUAGAUCAAUCAAGGUUGUUUGAUGCAUGUGCUCGACCAUUCAACAAUCACUCUGCUAGGAAACCAUACAGACCUCAUGUGUUGACAACAGUCAAUAGCAAUAAUUUCCUGAAUCAAAACCAAGAUGAAAUGAUGGAAGUUGCUUCUACGUCUAGUAUACCGGCUCAAAUUUAAUUAAUUAGGGUAAUCAAUGUGUUUAGAAGAGACCUGUUUCCAAACCAAUCAUAGUUACCUUGUUGGUUAUAGUGCUAUUUUCUGGUAGAUCUUGGCUACUUUUUACUUGUGGCCUUAAGGAUCAGCUAAUUUUAUAAGAAGUUUUAUGCUAAUUUGGCUUGAUUUAAAGUGAUAAUUUUUACAGAUUUUAUAAUAUAUAAGGUUAUUUACAAUAGAAGUUAAAAAUGUUAACAUUUCCAAAAUUGAAGGAAAUGUUCUAACUUUAUAAUUAAGUUAUACUACAAUAUUUAAAUUGAAUGUUCAUGUUUUUUUUCCA